CUUUAGGAAGUGGUUGCAUGAUAGACCGUCAUUUACACAUGUUUUUACCCCCGUUCUUACACCGUUUGAGGUGUGGAUUCUCGUGUUUUAGGCCGAUUUCACGCUAGGUUGUGCUUGUUUGUGAUAUUUCAGGUCCUAGUACGUGAAUGAAGGCUUAGGAGCGAGUCUGGGGUCGAUUGGACGAAGAACGGACGAAUGGCGAGGUUUUUGGGGAGCUGCACGGGCAGACCAGGGAGGCUGCACGGCCGUGCACGGUUGCAAGCUGGCCGUGCGCCUCAUGCCGAGGAGAUGCACGGGCAGGCCCUGAAGAUUGCACGGCCGUGCACCUGGCCGUGCAAGAAGCCUGAGUUCGACUUAAGGGAUACGCUGCGUUUCAUGGUGCACGGCCAGAAUGGUGAGGUGCACGGCCGUGCACCCUGGCCGUGCAACUCGGGAAACCCGGUUUUAAAGCCUUAUCCGAGCCAGAAGUGAGAGAACAGUGUUUUCAGAGCAAAAACAGAGCCCUAGAGAGAGAAAGUACGAAGAACACAUCCUAGAAGCUGUCUUAGAGCUGGAUUUCAUCGAAUCGAGCCUGGAGAUCGUCAUAGGAGUGAAAAUCAUCGUCCCGGAGCAGAUUAUCCUCAUCGUUAUGAGUAUGACUAAUCCGAUUCUUGUUUUCUCUUCUCUCUCUAUGGAGUAGAACCCUUCUCUCACUUGGGGAUGAAGAACCCUAGUUCCAUGUGUUAGGGGAUUGAUUGUAAUGACUUGGGAUGAUACUACUGUUUGAUUUUAAUCAAAUGAUGCAUGUUUC